UCAUUGAGAAAAAAGACAUUGACACUAAGCACCGCCCUUUCGGGACAUUCAAGCCACAUUUCGAAGCAGAUACUUUUUUCUCAAAGAAGGCGGGAGAAGAAGAAUUUUGACGGAGCCCGGCAAAGCUCUGUUUGUGUCUGGUUACCGCUCAACCGGAGGUACCAGAGUUUUUAGUGAUAGUUUUGCAUAUGCUGAUUGUUUCCAUCGCCUCAUUUUGAAGUGGCUAAGCUUAAACGUAAAGUCUCCGUUAGUUCAAAGGCGUAAUGGCCAUAAACAAGACUAAGGAGAAUGACGCCAGCCUCCCGUUCACAGCCCUUCAGCUGCUGGCCCCUCCGGCCCGCCUGGUGUCCGCCGCCCUCUGGAAAGUGCUGAAGCAGAGGGACGUCAUGCAGUAUGGCGUCGUGGAGGAGUUUGUGACGUCAGCCUGCCAGACAGUCCCGAAGCUGCUGACUUCCAGACACCAGGGCAAGCUGGCACUGGGGCUGAGAGCCCGGUUGAUCUUGGAAUUGUGCCGCACACAGCCUGAUGUCCAAAUAAUCUCACAACAUCUGGAAAGGAUCCGUCCUCCUGCAGCCCCUUCAUCUUCCGCCUCUUUCGUGAAAAAAGACGUGAAAAUCUUGAAAUCUGUGGAGAACUUUCAUUCCUUAGUUCAGACGUUGCUGACAGAUUCAGCAGAGAGAGAACGUUUCUUCAGAGAACAGUUUACAGAAGAAUAUGGCCCCGACUUUGACAAGGAGCUGGAGAAGCUGCUUUGGGAGUUCUUAAUUCGACUGGACCAGCUACUUCCUGUUCCCAACCUCACUCAGACGGUGUCGUGGCUCAGCGAGGCCCCCUCUGUCUUGGAGGAAUGUGCUCAAGCAGCAACCCAACCCCAACUCCUUAAAAUCUUGCUGGAGCAUCAGUCCUGCCUCGGUCAUCUGGAGUCAGCAGCGUCCCUGCCUCCAAACAUGGGAGACUCCAUCCUGACUUCUCUUUCUCUCCCCCCGUCUGGAAAAACUGCAUCAACAGAAUCGAGCAAACCACCCUCCAACCCGUCGAGGGGACAGCCGGCGGACCCCUCCCCGUUUAUCACGCCUGUUAUUGGACUCAUUUCAAACGAGGAGGUUCCAGCCAUGAUCUCCGCCAGCAAAAAGUCCCUGCAGGCCGACGGGAGCUCCGCUUCCAAAGAUGCAGCAAACAAACCCACAAACUGCUCUAAAUUCACUUCACUUAAAGAAAAACACACUGGCGACCAAGGAGGAGGAAAGGAUAAAAACGGAGAACGGAAACGCAAGCAAGUGGACUCGGAUGAUGAAGAAGUUCUGACUGUUUCCAAAAAGAGGGGAAGCAGGGAAAGAGACCGGGGAUCAAAUGAGGAAAAGCGAGAAGAAGAGGGAUGUGGCAGAGAGUUCCUGAGCGCCCGUAUGAGCGAGCUCGGGAUCCGAGGACUUCACCACCCUGGAGAUCCGUCCAUCCAAUCUGCUUUUGCCUCCUGUUUGAGCAACCAGCCCAGAGUUGACAUCAGAAAACUGCCUUGUAGCUUAUCCACAGAGGGAGGAUGGAAUUUAGAGACGGAAACAAAAAAUUGGAGGAGGAAUUCAACAAAGAAACGAACACGGAGUCACGAAACGCCUGAUCGUCCCGACCUGGAUGAUAAAGAAAAUCAUCCUGAGUUAUGGAGGUCUUCCUCUAAGAUGCACAGGAACACAGAGAUGGCAGGUCUUUUUGGAGUGGAAAACGAUUAUGUAGCAGAUUCUGAGGAUGAAGGGAUUAAGAACUUUAAAGGCCGGCUGUUCACAAAGCGCUACUACAAGACCAAACAUGGGACCUUCGUUCCCACCCUCAGGGAGUUCUGGAAACCCCGAGCGACCCAGAGAACCGCGUCGCCUGGCAACAGACGCAGGUGAAAGAACAACCUUCUGGAGUCUGAGCAGAAACAUCUCAGUGGACUUGAAUGGAUUCUUAAUAUAUUUAACUCUUCCACAUUUAGAAACUCCCCCUGCAGCUUUUAUAAAUGCUUCAAGUUAGAUUUAAUCUGAAUA